GGCGGCGAAGAAGCACGAGGAGGAGGGAGGGGAGAAGAAGGGAGGAGGGCUGCUCUCCAAGCUGUGGGGAGCGGUGGCAGGGGAGAAGCAGGUGGAUCUGGGAGACGACAACUCGUUCUACUUCAACGAGAAACUUGGCCGAUGGGUGGAGCGAGGGAAGGAGAACGAGGCGGCCAGCGACCCGUCCAGUGCUCCUCCUCCCACCAUGGCGGCGUUCAUGCAGCCAGCGGGCCACAGCGCGGAAGCUCCGACGGGCAUGCCGACCAUGAACGGUCAGGGACCGCAGGCGCCCAUGAUGCCGGCAGCUGGAGGGAUGGGGCCUGGCGGUGCAGGAGGCAACAUGUUUGCCAGGCAGACUCGAUCGGGAGCUCGCAGCCGCUACGUGGAUACUCUGAACCCCAACGCUGCAACGGCCAACCAGACUCCAGCUACAGGCAUGAUGCCCGCAGUAGGAGCGGCAGGCAACAUGAUCGCCGCCAACAAGGACGCGGCGAAACCCAAGUACAAGAUCUUUGUGCCCAACCAGAAUGCCAGCAGCGGGCAGAACCAAUAAACCGUGGCUUCCG